CAAAAUCUCGCCACCUCCCCAACCCCAAGAACCCAAACCCAAACGCAUCGAUCCACGCCGGCCGCCUCCCCACCUCCGAGUCCGUCCGACGGAAUCGAAUCCAGCCCGUCGCCAUCUUUGCCCUCUCGCCGCAAUCAAAACCUUCCUUUCCUUGCCUGUCUGCCGCCAGGAUCAUCACAGCCCCGAACCAACCCCAAUCUCCACCUUUCUUUCCUUUCUUGCCCGCCGCCGCCGCCGCCCGCCAUGGUGCACUGCAAGCAGCCGCGCAGGACGCCCGGCGUCCCGGGGAACGGGGGUCGCGCGCGCGCCGGGGGCGGGGGCCAGGCCGUGGCGGCCGACCCCGGCUACAUGCGACCGACCAGCAGCUCCGGCGCCAGGGCCGGCCGGGAGGUUGCAUCUGCGGCGGCGGUUUCGGCGGCCUCCGCUCCCUCCGCGCAGACGUUGCUGACCAAGGCGGCAGCGCUCGGAGGGAGCACGCCGCUGGCGGCCAGGCAGACCUGCUCCUCCGCCCAGAAGGGCGCCCGCGCCCUCGGCGGUGGCGGCGGGGGCUGCGAGGGGCACCGCGCCUGCCGGUACGCCUACUGCACCUUCAAGGGCCACGCGCCCGCGGCGCCGCCGCUGGGGGCCUUCCUGGCGUCCCGCAGGAGCCUCAUCAAGACGGAGCAGAGCAUGAAGCACAGGGGGGUCUCCGCCUUCCGCAACCCCAGCAGCAAUGCCGCCCGCAAAGGGGACGACGGGCUCUUCGUCCAGGUGGCGUGUCCCGGCGCCCGCCCCAAGACGGCGAGCUCGGGCUCCUGCUGCAGCGGCCUCUCCGCCGAGGAGGUGGAGUCUCCCUACGUCAACUUCGGCCGCCGGAGUCUCCGGGGUGGGACGACGGACAAGUGGGGCGCCUCGGUGGACGGCUCCUGCGGGUCCAGCGACGUCAUCUCGGACGGCUUCGCCGACCUGCCAGGGACGGCGAGCUCUCCCUCUCCCUCUCCCGGACGCAAGGAGCAGACUGGUCAAGAUGAGAGGAAGGCUUCUUGGGUCGAUCAACAAGAAGCAGAGGAGGAGGACUCUGCUGCCUGCUGCAGGUCUGAUAUCUCAGAGGAGCUGGGUCCAAGAUACCAAGGCAACAGCAUGUCUAAAGAUUGCGGCGGCGUUGUCGGCUCUUCACUGGAAUCCUCAAUGGAUGACAUAUCCAGUGCAUUUGGUGGGAUGAAUUUCCAAGAUGCAGGGGCUGAUGCCGCGGCGGCAACCAGCCAGGGAAACAAGCUGACCAUGUCCAGGAGAAGAACACCUAGAGGCGGGGAGCGAAUCCGGGCAUUCAACCCCAGGGCCCCGAACUUUCUUCCGGUGGUGCCUGAUCCGGAUGCUGAAAAGGUUGACCUCAGGCAUCAGAUGACCGAUGAUCGCAAGAAUGCCGAGGAGUGGAUGGUCGAUUAUGCACUCCGGAGGACAGUGAACAAGUUGGCCCGUGCUCAGAAGAGGAAGGUGGAGAUGCUUGUCCAGGCCUUUGAGACUGUUCUGCCACCAGUCCUCGGCGAGAAGAAGUCCGACGACAAGAAAAGCUUUGCCUGCAACUUAUAGGUUUUAGAGUUUGGGGUUCAAGCUGGAGCAGAUGAUGGUUAUUGGGGUUCUAACUUGGUGGUCACUGCGAUAUUUGUGCCAGAGACCUGCUCGGUGAGGAUAGAGAGCUGCUCACCAGCACCUGAGAUCUUGUGCUCAUAGCGCAGUUGUACUCGAGAGCCGCUAGGGGUCUCGCUCACUGAGUCAGCUGGUUAGUGUAGUGGCGUAGUGCAUGUGUACAUAGGUCUGCUGUGCUCAUGCUGAUAUUUUAGCGAUGACAAAAAUGAGACCUGCAAACUGGCAAGAAUAUUCAGAUGUAUUCCUUGCUUGGACAAAGAUCAAUAAAACUCUUAUUGACAGCA